UGUUUUGUGUUGACCAGGUUUGGUCCCCGGUUCCCUCCCAUGUCUGGUGUGUAUGGCAAGGACCUGCAGAAAAUAGCCUUUGACCUCUGUAAGAGCAUGGACGUCUCUCAAUUUGUCCAGGGGGGGGUUUACUGCAUGGUGGGAGGGCCCAACUUCGAGACCAUCGCAGAGGCCAGACUUCUUCACAGACUAGGGGUGGACGCUGUGGGAAUGAGCACAGCACCAGAGGUGGUGGUAGCCACACAAUGUGGCAUGAGGGUGUUUGGCCUCUCUCUCAUCACCAACAAGGUGGUCAAGAGCUAUGACGACACUGAGUCAGUCAACCACGAAGCUGUUCUGGAGGUCAGCAAACUGCGCUCGCAAAUGCUGCAGACGCUGGUCAGCCAGAUGGACAUCAACAACAACGCGGUCUGAACUGAAGAGAGCAAGAUGAGAUGAGACACUGAAACCCUUCGACUUGUCAAGAUGAAAACAUUCAACAUUCCACAGCGACCCCGGCCAAUGGCACAGUUUUCCCAAUUCAGUGCACUACUUUUGACCAGAGCUCAUGGCACCCUAUUUCCUAUAAGUAGUACACUAUAGGGUGCCAUUUCAGAUGCACAACAAGAAUCUCAAGAGGAUUUGUCAAAAUUACUCAAAAUCUUGCAGCUACUGGCCUAUUAUGCAAACAUGGUGCCCAGGUCAUUGUCUUGAAUAUUGUUUGGGUUAAAUCAACAAUAAUCUCAUCUGUUCAGUCUGUAAAUAUUGUACAAAAUUGUGUAACUUCAUACUGUCAUUUGUAUUUUGUGAUAUCACAACUGAUGUUUAUCUGUUGUAUAUUUUUUAUUUGUUCUGUUAACAGGUUCUCUCAAAUGGACAACUUUUUACAACCUGUUAUUUUUCAGCUGUAUUAACUCAUCUUUCUAUCCACAAUUGUAUGCUAAUACUUGUUCACAGACAAUAAGAUAAAACAUUGUAAAGUGAAAGAUUAUAUGCAGCUCUAUGUAUGAUGAAACUUGAUGUAUUACAAAUCAAUGUCACAUAUUCAGAUAGUUUUAUAGAUUAAUUUUAAUUMAUGUAAAAUACAAUCUGUAUUUUAAUUGUAUUGUUCCUCAACUUUUGUCGGAUAUUGAGUACGGAUUGCACCGACAAUCUGCGAUGCUUUAUCACAUUGAAAAACCUAUUAUGGAAGAAUUGUGUUCUCAUUUCAGAGAAGUGCAAAUCUCGGUGUCACACCAACUUGCUAAAUUUGUAUUUACAAUUUUUUUUCCAAAUAAAUGGUUGAACUUGUA